AUGUUCCAGUCGUGGCUCGAUGCCACGAUUGCGCUGUUGCACAAAAGCGGGCCAAGGGCCCAACCACAGAACUACCGCCCAGUAGCGCUGCUGCACUACGGGGAAAAACUAGUCUCGCUCAUCAUACUGAAGCGGGUCCGCAAAUCCGCGUAUGGGUACGUGAACAAGAAGCAGAAGGGGUCCAUACAGGGGUUAAGCUGCAGACAUGCGGUCUUCCAGUUGCUGCGGGAUAUGGAGACCGCAAUCCGGGAUGGGGACACAAGGGCUUAUGACUUCACAGACUUCCAGAAGGCAUACGAUUCUUUGGACUGGGAGCGGCUUAGCCUUGUCAUCCAGUGGCAGGGAUUCCCCCCCGACUUGGCAGAAUUGGUCCGGAAGAUGUACAACCGGGCGACUUUUUGCCUGAAGCUGGGGCCGGGGCAGAGAAGCAGCGCGACACAGCAAAAAUCCGGAAUCCGACAGGGAAGCAGUUUGUCGCCGUUGAUUUUCAUCCUUGUGUUGAAUUUCGCGCUCUGCGCGCUGGAGGAGACGAUGGUGGAGGACGGAUACUGGACAAAGAGCAAAGUAGACCCGGCGUAUUUAUCGUGGUUGGGGUUCGUCGAUGACCUGGUAAUCAGAUCGGACACACGGGAGGAGGCGCAGCAUACCCUCCACCAACUACAAGCUGCGUGCAGAUUUGUGGGCCUAGAGCUAAACGCAAAGAAGACCGAGGCGAUGACGGUAGGGCUGCCGCCGCGGGAGAAAAACAACGAAGACGCAAAAAAGGAGCGGAUCACCACCGACGAAGCCGAUGGAGAGCGGUGGGGGUGGUCGAUCGAGUGGGAUGGGGUGGACCUCGUCCCGCAGCACGCGGAGGCAGCAAGACGCAAGCUGGCGACCACGCCGGCAAUGGAGAAAAUAACGCAUUUGAUCGCAUGGGAUGACGGCAGGCACAGCUUGUGCUGGUACAAGCGCACGGGCUGGGCGGAGCUGGACGGUAGGCGGACAACACGCCUCAUCCGGCGGGGCCGGGUUCGAUCUGUACUGGAAGAGAAGAACUCGCAUGUGUGUCCCCGGUGCAACGACGUCCUCCCGGACGAAAGGGCACUGCGGGGGCACAUGGCGACGGGUUUCUGCCGACCAGUAAUGACCGAACAGGAAGAGAGACAGCUACGGGUCGGGAGGUACAUCGAAGAAAAAGCCAGGGCGCAGCGGGCCACCGUUUUGGUGCCGGCGGACCUGAAAACAGUAGAGGGGAACGAAAUAAAGACUGUGCCUUCCUUCAAGUACCUGGGGACAGAAAUAGCAAGCAACGCCAGCACCACCAAGGAAGUGGAGCGGCGCACGGGGAUAGCAACAGCCACCACCAAGCAGCUGCGGCGGAUCUGGGCAGAUAAGGGGGUCCCAAGAGGACUCAAAUCGGAGCUAUACACGUCGCUGUGUAGCUCCGUGGCGCUGUACAACAGUGAGUGCUGGGUGCCGCACGAGCACGACCUGAAGAUCCUCCGCAGCUUCCAGCACCAAACGCUGAAAGCGAUAACAGGGGAGCAGAGGGAGUGGCAGCGACAGGAGGCAGGGACAGACGAGGCGGCGGAGUAUGCUAGCAGGCUGGAGAUCUGCAAAAAGGCAGGCAUACUCGACAUCGAGACGAUGCUGCAAGAGAAGCGGGUCGCAUGGGUUGCCCAUGCCUUCCGCGACACAACAGAGCCGUCGGGGAGGUGGAUAGCCAAGGAAAUAAGAGCAAGAACACCGUGGGGCAAGCUAGUAGAGCAAGAC